AUGGCCAAUCGAACUGUUUACGAGCAAGCCACCACCGGUUUCACCGGUGCUAAUUCACCCAUCACCCUUCCCAACAUUACUAAUGAUAGGUCCUGGCAGAUUCCAUCCUACAUCGUGACGGCCAUCACUAAUUCGUGCCAAUUCCACGGUCGUGAUGAUGAGGAUGCUCCCGCCCACAUUAACCGCAUCACCCGCCUUUGUAGCACCUUCUCUGUUGAGGGUGUUAAUCUAGAUGCAAGGUACCUUCAGGUUUUCCCAUUUACUCUCGCUGGCCACGUAGCCAUCUGGUUCGAUUCGCAGCCAGCGGGAACUUUCACCACUUGGGCAGGUUUACGAGAUGCUUUCUUAGCCAAAUAUUUCCCACCUGCCAAAGCAUCUCAUCUACGCGAUCAUUCGUUCCGGAUGGAGCCUGAUGAGCCGUAUCACCUGGCCUGGGAGCGUUUCCAAACUCUGAUUUCUCCUUGUUCUCAGCAUGGUUUAUCGGACCAGGCACUCGUUGAAAAGUUCUACAAUGGUCUCACCCCCGAGAUCAAAGCCCGGUUCGAUACUUCUGCUGCAGGGCAACUUAUGGGUAAAAAGACUGUUAAUGAGUGUAAUGAUUUGUUUGAGAGUUUCACCCAUUCUGAUAUGGAUUAUAGCACUACCAGCAGGACUUCCAUUCCUGUGACUAUCUCCUUGGCCACUCGAGGGGUAAACCAAGUUGGCUUGGAUUCAUCGGUAGCUGCUGCUUUAGAGGGUCUUAAACAAGAGCUGAAUGAGAUUAAGAAAAAGGUUGAUAGGUGUGAGGUUUUUAGGGGAGGCCACCAUACGAUAGAUUGUCCCACACUUACACUCGAGCAGGUAGAGUUUAUAGCCGGUCAGUCUAGGGGUCCCACGAAUCCUUUUAAUAAUUCUAAUUAUAACUCCAACUGGCGUGGUAGUGGCAAUAAUAGUGGUUUCCGCUCUUUCGGUAAUCCUCCUGGUUUUCCAUUUGGUCAGUAUCAAAAUAGGGGGCCCGGUCUAUACACUAGUAGUGGUUCAGGUCAGGGAGGUCAGUUUAGUGGUUCAGGUUCAGGGGGUCAGUUUGCUAGUGGGGGGUCAAAUCAAGAGGGUCAAGGUAGUGGUAAGGGUUCAGAGGGUAGUCUAAGUAGGAUUGAGGAGAUGUUUGCUCAGUUGAUGGUGAGAGAUCAGGCUACACAGAAAACUUUAACUGAAUUCGGUAAUUUCGCUAAAAAUCAAGAGCAAAUAAACAAAAAUCAAGAGCUUCAGCUUAAAAAUCAACAAUCCGCGCUUUUAGAUCUUCAAAGGACAGUAGGUGAUAUAGCUAAGCAGUUACAAGAAUACCCUCCUGGUCAGUUUUCAGGUAACACUCACACUAACCCGGCUCACCAUUUAGUAAAAGCAAUCACCACCCGUAGUGGAAAGAGUUUAGGAGAGGUAGUUCGAGAGAGGGUAGAGAUAGAGGAUGAGGAAGAGGUAGAUGAGGAGAUAGAGAUGGAGACUCCCGGUAAGGUGCAACAUAGGCUAGACCCAGCAAGUACCGCACACACCGAGGAGCCUCAAGUAGAGAAGAGUGUAGAGAAACAACCGGUAAGGGUUAGACCGUCACCAUUAGUUGAUCAUUUUCGCGUCCCAUACCCCGGCCGCCUUAAGCAUCAAAAAUAUGCUAAAGAAUAUGGGCAAUUUCUUGAAAUGUUCAAGCAAUUGAAGAUCAACCUUCCUUUCAUCGAAGCCUUACAGUCCAUGCCCAAAUACGCCAAAUUCCUUAAGGACUUUCUCAAGCGUAAGGAUAGGAUAGGUGAGUUUCCUAACACUCCAUUAACCGGAGGUUGUUCCACGGUGGUCUUGAAUAAGCUACCGGAGAAACUAACCGACCCAGGAACCUUCAUGAUCCCAUGUUUAUUCGGUGGUGAUGUCCAAAACCAUGCUUUGGCCGACCUUGGUGCUAGUACUAAUUUGAUGCCAUAUUCAUUUUAUGAGAAACUAGGCCUUGGUGACUUGAAAUCCACUCGUAUGACCCUAUCAUUAGCGGAUAAGACGAUUAAGUAUCCCCAGGGGAUUGUAGAAAAUUUGUUAGUGAAAGUUGAUAAGUUUGUAUUUCCGGUGGACUUCGUAGUACUAGACAUGGAUGCUGAUGAAAACAUACCGUUGAUUUUAGGGCGACCAUUCUUGAACACAACCAAAGCUCUUAUAGAUGUCUUUUUAGGCACUAUCACACUUAUAGCGGGUGAGGAAUCGGUAGUUUUUAAGGUUACUAAUUUGAGAGGGUCGAAUGAUAAAGUGGAGGCAGUGGCGUCGGUGGGGGAGAGUGAGAAAGAUGAGAGAGAUGAGAAAGAGGUGGUGAGUGUUUUUAGUCUAAAGGAAGCGAUAGGACCCAAGUGUGGGGAUCCACCGGAUAGAAGAAUGGAGGAAUUAGAGAAGAGAAUGGCGUGUUUAGAAUCUAAGCUAGAGACACUGAGCAAGCCUCAGUGUGGGGAUGGAGAGAUUAAGAAUACAUCUAGAUUCAAACCGCCCGAUGAUGAGUUGAGAGGUUGUGAGAUAUAUGAGGGUGUUUGGAGAAAUGCGGGUCGUAAUAGGUAUGAUGGUGCUACAGCCCGUGAGUUUUGGUACGGAGGUGAGCUGGAUCUACAUGAUCCUCCGUGA